CUUAAAGGGCCCUCGGCCGGGGGCGGGGCCAGCGGAGGCGCCGAGCCGGCCGGGUCUGGGCAGGCGGCCGAAGUGGGCUGGGCCGGGCCCAGGAUGGCGGUGGCGAUGGCGCGGGUCCUGGCGGUGCCCCGCGCGAGCUCCUGAGCCGGUGCCGGCAGGUGACGCCGCCUCCCUGCAGCCCCCAGCAUGUGGGCAGGCCUGAGCCCCGCCAUCGCCCUGGCCCUGGCGCUGGCCCUGGCGCUGGCGGUAGCAUGGGCCAAGGAGCUCAAGCCCACGGCGGCGCCCAUCUUCACCGGCCGGCCCUUCGUGGUGGCCUGGGACGUGCCCACGCAGGACUGCGGGCCGCGCCUCAAGGUGCCGCUGGACCGGGAGGAGUCGGCCUUCGACGUGCGCGCCUCCCCUAACGAGGGCUUCGUCAACCAGAACAUCACCAUCUUCUACCGCGAGCGGCUGGGCCCGUUCCCGCACUUCGACGCGCAGGGCGGGCCGGUGCACGGCGGGGUCCCGCAGAACGACAGCGUGCUGCGGGCGCACCUGGCCGCGCUGCCCGAGCGCCUGCGCCACUACAUCCGCCAGCCCGAGCCCGCCGGCCUGGCCGUCAUCGACUGGGAGGACUGGCGGCCCGUGUGGGUGCGCAACUGGCAGGACAAGGACGUGUACCGCCAGCGGUCGCGCCAGCUGGUGGCCAGCCGCCACCCGGACUGGCCGCCGGAGCGCGUGGCCAAGCAGGCGCAGUACGAGUUCGAGUUCGGCGCCCGCGAGUUCAUGCUGCGCACGCUGCGCGCCGCCAAGCGCUUCCGGCCGCGGCACCUGUGGGGCUUCUACCUCUUCCCCGACUGCUACAACCACGACUACGCGCAGAACUGGGCCACCUACACCGGCCGCUGCCCCGACGUGGAGGUGUCCCGCAACGACCAGCUGGCCUGGCUCUGGGCCGAGAGCACCGCGCUCUUCCCCUCCGUCUACCUGGAGGAGGCGCUCGCCUCCACCCCGCACGUCCGCAACUUCGUCAGCUUCCGCGUGCAGGAGGCGCUCCGCGUGGCCCGCACCCACCACGCCGGCCACGCGCUCCCCGUCUACGUGUUCACGCGGCCCACCUACACCCGCAGCCUCACCGGCCUGAGCCAGAUGGACCUCAUCUCCACCAUCGGCGAGAGCGCCGCCCUGGGGGCCGCCGGGGUCGUCAUCUGGGGCGACGCAGGCUUCACCACCAGCAUGGAGACGUGCCAGUACCUCAAGAGCUACCUGAUGCAGCUGCUGAUCCCCUACGUGGUCAACGUGUCCUGGGCGGCCCACUACUGCAGCCGGGCCCAGUGCCACGGCCACGGGCGCUGCGUGCGCCGCGACCCCAACACCAACGCCUUCCUGCACCUCAGCGCCAGCAGCUUCCGCCUGGUGCCCGGCCGCUCGCCGGACGAGCCCCUGCUGAGGCCGCAGGGCGAGCUCAGCUGGGCCGACCUCCAGCACCUGCAGACGCACUUUCAAUGCCAAUGCUACCUGGGCUGGGGCGGCGAGCAGUGCCAGUGGGACCGUGGGGGGGCAGCCAGGGGUGCCGGCGGGGCCUGGGCUGGGUCCCACCUCACUGGCCCGCUGGCCGCGGCAGCCCUGGCCCUCGCCUGGACUCUGUAGAGAUCGCUCGCCUGGCUUCGGCAGCUGGCCUCUGCCACGGGGCUCUGCCAGGCAUGGGGGACGCGCGCGUCCGGAGGGGCCGGAGCCCCUGGGAUGCGCGGAGGGCGUCCUCACCAGCUCUCACCCCCUGUUCUAAGGGGGAGGGGACCCCUGCUGUCCCUGCCAGAGGAAGGGACGCAUGGCCUGCUCCCCUGCUCCUGGGUAGUUUAUUAUUAUUAUUAUUUGGGGUCUCUUUUGUAAAUUAAAUAUGAAACAACUGCU